AUGGUCACCUCAGUUGUUCUUUUGUUUUUACUUUUCGCUAAUUUCGUACCUUCGAGGCCUUCUAUCCGAGAGGAGAAGAGUCCGGCCCUGCUAGGGCGGCACAUUCCCACGGAACCUUCUAUAAACAUAGAAACCCGGCACUGGUGGACGCAAAAAAUGCAGCGGCGUACGGUUUUAGAUUCGAUGGGGGUAGAAGAUUCAACUAUGAAUAGGAAUAAUCUUGAAAUUGCAAGUGCGGUGGAAUGAAAAUAUAUUUUCGUGCAAUAUUAAUGUAAUAAAUAUCCUGUUUUCAUGUGGUGCUCUGUUUCAAUUUGAUAUUUAGUAAAGCCUAAGAGAAGACCUUGAUAAAUAUAAUUACACCAAUUAUCACUCUGAAAAUAAGGUUAACAUUUUGGUUAGCCAACUAAGUGACAUAUUAAGAUCUUUAACUGAUAAAAAUACAAC